AUGGAGUCUAGAUCCCUCCACUCGAAGCCGUCGGAGGAGACGCUCGUAUCGCUUCUGCAACUAGAUCCGUCGCCCAUCGAGACACCCGACACCGACGCCGAGAAAGACCUUCCUCCUUUACCUUGGGAUACACUCGAGAACAAAAUUGACUCACCCAUAUCCACCUCUUCCCGCCCUGGGUUAAGUGGGAGCGGUCAUAGUGCCGUCUUUUACCUUACACGCAUCCAAAAGUUUUCUUCGUACCUGAUACCUGUGUUUGUGUCACUUCAUGUUGCCAACACUUCGAUAAUACCCCUAAUUGCUCGCUCCGUUCCGGCUUCUGAAACGUAUCUGUUGUUGUCCCGGGAGAUAUACCAAACAACGCUCACAGAACCGCUUCUCGUGGCACUACCGAUCGUCGCACACGUCGCCUCCGGCAUCGCGCUCCGUCUCGUUCGCCGGUCGCAAAACCUCAAACGAUAUGGCGGCAAUACACCAGGCAUGUACGCGCUGUAUCGCGCUCAGACUGGCAAAACCUCUCGGUCCUUGAUGUCCAACAGCACGAACUCGGCCGGUCGUAUUUGGCCAUCCGUCAGUUACAUCUCCAUUUCUGGCUACGUCUUCGCAGCACUCCUCGCUGUCCACGUGGGCGUAAACCGCAUACUUCCCCUCCAGAUUGAGGGAGACAGCUCAAAUAUUGGCCUGGCGUUCGUCUCUCACGGGUUUGCUCGGCAACCGUUUGUGUCAUGGCUCGCAUACACUGGUCUGCUGACGGUUGGAUGCGGACAUAUGGUCUGGGGCGCAGCUAGGUGGAUGGGUAUGGCACCAACAGCCAUGGGGUGGAGUGGCAGCGGUGCCAGUGUGGUCGACAAGAAGGUUCGGAAGCGCAGGAGGAGAUCGUGGUGGGCACUGCACGGUGUGGCCGCGGCAGCGGCUGGCAUUUGGGCAGCUGGUGGCCUCGGCAUUGUGGCAAGAGGAGGUCUGACGGAGGGUUGGGUUGGAAAACUCUAUGAUGAUCUCUUUAGUAGGAUCCCCCUUUGUUGA